AUGAAGGGUAAAUAUAUGCAUAGCACUGUGAGUUACACUCGGGAUCAUUUUACCACUGAAUACGGGUACCCCAUACGCGAGUUCCACCAAAAUAAUCCCCACGAGGAGCAAAGGCGUGUACAGGCGGUGGGGUUUGCCGUCCAUCAUUCACGUCCCUCCAUGGUUUUUUUUGCGCGCGCACUUCAGGAAUGUUCGAUGGAGUUGCACAUCGGCCCGUAUGGUCAACUGACUCUCUCCGUUGGUGCCGAAGGUGAAGUAAUAAUUUUGCGCCCAAGGGCGGGUGAUGUGCUGUGCAAACUAAGUGAGUUCCCUACGUACUAUGAACUCUGUCGCGCCUUCUUCGCGGGAAGUGGUGCAGGGCCUUCUGCCCUUCACCCCAAAAAAGAUUUUAAACGUAAACAGCAGCUUAUAGAUGGUCACGGGAGGUUACUGGUACUCUGCGCUUCUUUGUUGAGGCAGUUACUAAGUUCUGAAGCACGCUAUCCUGUGGUAGAUACCAUGUCUGCUACAAGAAAUCGGUUGCGUAUAAUACGUAUCCUCCGUGCCUUAACUAGUCCUGGGGAGUUACGAGACAUUUCGGUGUCGCCCAUCUCAGUGGAUGGGGAAGUUAGCGCAAUGGAUUUUAUUGAGAGAAUAGUGACUGCGUCCUUACGGGACCUGCAGGUGCCCUCUCACAGGUGUAAGACGUCUGUGCCACGGAGCGUGCUAGCUGGAUGCAUUCAUUUUACCUUGUCUACGGAAGUUGAAGGUGAUGCAUUGUUGGUGCUUGAGAAGCUUCUUUUGGACUUUCUCUGUACGCCUUUCCACCAUGGAAGAAAUGCAGUGCCUGCUCAAACGAUAUCCGCACGGGCGCGGCUGCUUCUGGAAGACCCAGCAACGUGCUUAGUUCCGUGCCUCGGUUCGGCACUUACGUACUCGCGGAGUUUUCCUUGUGGUUCCUUUUUCCUACCGACUGUCGCCCCCACCUUCAAUGCUCAUCAGGGUGCAGACACCCCUCACUUUGUACUGGAUGGACGGGGGACAAUUGGCAGCGGCAGCCGUAAUUGUGACGGUUCAUGCACUGACAGCGCUACGAGUGGUGGUCGAUGUUAUUUGGUCAUGCUCCUCGUUAUAGACCACGAAGGAGGCCUCUUAGACUUCUUACAUGCAAGGCCACCACCACCACCACCAACACGAAGUAACGAAAGCGAGGUUGGUGAGGUGGAAAUGGGGCGUCCGAAGGGCGGAGCGAGACAAAUUGAGGGUGAAUGGACGUCAGCAGACCAGCAGAAGGCUCAGUUGGAGGCGUCAAGAAUGCUGUACGACUGGGCGUGGGCCAAUGAUGUGUCAGUCAUCAUAACUCCCUCCCAUGCCCCACCCGUGAUGAAGACGUUUGGCGCGCGCUAUUAUGCAGAGCGCAAUUCUCACAAUGGUGUUGUGGGUGCCGCCCCAGUUUUCAUGGUUGAUGAAGUGGACACAACCGCCUUCGACGCCAUGAUCCGUCGUCUUCAGGUGUGCCGUCGGGAUACUUUCAGCACUAGUGAAGACAUGUGCGCGUGCCCCGAUGUGGCUGUAUUGCGUCGCGGGAGGUUAGUGCUCCCAGACCGCCUCGCUAACGUUAUUAUUCCCGCCCGUUUUGUGGCACACGGCGAUCUUGAAACCUUACUUGCCCCUCAUUUCCCCUUCACAGGGCCGAAGCGGGUGGACAGUUCCGCAAAGAGAGGACUGCUCUUGAAAAUAGAUGGGAAUACCUCCAGUCCAACCCCCGCAUGUCCCCACGACGCCGCUGUUGGAGAAGUUGGAACGAUGUUACUCGUAAGUCCAUCUUCACAUUUGCAGCGAUCCCACAUCGCUUUGUUGUUGAAGUGCGCGGGUUGUGUGUUGUUGGCGGUGGACACGUCGGUUGCUGGCCGUGGUUGGGCUGCUGAAUGUGGCCUUGGUUUUGUACGUGCUGGUGGUGCCCUUCAAAUGUCGUUGGCGCGACAGAUGAGGGCCAUUGCCGAGUCUCUAAGGUCUAGCGCCGGAGGAUGUCAAUGCCAAUCUGCGUCUAUCCCAUUAACGGGAGAUGUGCCCGUUUUAGCCGCUGUGUUGGAUGUGCUUAGCGAGGCGUUGUGUGAGCUACCACGGCGUGUGGUGGGUUACGUGACGGAUCAUCAUUACCCGCUAAGGCGUGCCUGGCUGCAGUUCGAAAGCGAUGAGUUGUGGCGAAGGAGCGAGAACCCACGACCCUCCAUGAGGGCGGUUCACAACGCAUCGGCGCUGCAUGUUUACAUUCGCGAGGACUUGGCAUUUUACGAUGACCAUAUAAAUGUGACGAGUUACGACCGCGAGACGCAGCGUCGCUACUUCUGCAAAAGUGACACUGAGAGCAGCGGGAGCGACAAUAGUGAGAGUGAGGGACCAACAUCACGCGUUGCUAGUGGGUUUUGCGGGAGUGUGGAUUGGAAUGAGGGACCUGCCACUCUAAGUUUUGUGGAACCCGUUGCGGUGACGGCAGGUAUGUUGCGUGCAGCCCUAACAUUUGUGCGUCUCGUUCUUUCAAGUGAGAACACUUUGGAGGCUAACGUAUAG